GCUACAUCCAUUGAAGGGCCAAUGCAUCAUCAAUGCCAUUCAGCUGAACGCAAACGGUCUAGUGCACAGAACUACUUUAUUGUAUAAGCCGCUUUGCUCCUCCGCCCUCUGCGCAGCCUUGGGCCCCAAUAUCAAGCUCAAGAGAUCCCCAUCGCACUCCAAUACGGAGGCGGCAACGCCUAUCGAAAGACAACCUUUCUCCUAGCCUUUUCCUCCCUACCUUUUGCCAGGAUAGCUUACCGGUGCUACGGAGUUUGGGUCACGUCCAAAAUGAGAAAAGCAGACUGUGCAGUUUGAAAUUGUACUGCGACGAGUUGAUAUGCGAAGUUAACUCAAGUUGCUAUGAGAAAUGCAGAUGAGCGAAACAGACCAAUUCACAAGGAACACAGAAAUAUAGAAACGGUCUUAGGCCAUCACCGCCACAACGGUAACGAGCAUUCAAAAUUCCACCCAGGCUUGAUGUCGCCGUGCGCCCGUGGAGGGCCACUCAGUCCAGCUCGUUUAGGGCGAUUCCAACCUCUUGUCUGCAAACUCUGGUGCUGAGUUUUCUGCCUAUUCAUGGUUAGCAGUGACAGAUCCAUCGCCAAAGACGAUUCACCUUGCGUCCACUGCCUCCCUCGCUCGGAAGCUGUUCACGAAACCAGACGAACAAGUUGUUGUUUUGUGGCUGAGAACUGUUGCGCGACACUCAGUAGCAAAUUGGACAAUGAGGGCCGAAUGGACUACAGUAUCAGAACCGCAAAACAGAACAAUAACUUCUCAGUCCUCUGGAAUCAAUCCCCGCCCCGUGUUGUUUCGGGAGCCAUCUGAAAAAGGCUCAAGGGGUGGUUUUCUGACCCGGCCGAGAUUCCUGCGCUGCACUCUUGUUUCAGGCUGCCAAAAUGUCCUCGUCAAUGUAUCAUUCCCCCCGUUACCGGUAACACUUGGUUUUGCGGCCGCCAAUCAUGGAAUCAAGCAGGGGGCUUCAAAGCCACGCAGGAACCAGGCUUUGUGCCUAGUCCCCAACACAAUGUGUCAAGCACUGCCGCUUUCACAACAAGGUUACACUCGGCCCUUCUAAAGGUAGAUGGCGCAUGCUUUUGAUUUCCGCAGCCGACCAGGGUGAUUUUCGUUAGUUCCGAGAAAGCGGGCGUUGGUCGACUCACUUCACUGAAUACUGUCGUGCAAUGAACGCCUAUCAAACCAU